UGAGAAGAAAAGGCAGGGAAUCCAGGGUAUCUGAAGUGUUCUUUUGCUUUCCUGGGGAGUCAGGCAGGGGUAUCAGCAGCUGCUGAUCUGUGGUUGUAGAUGCUUUCUGUCACAGGAGGCAGGUAGGAUGGACCGCAGUGACCACACCACCUCAUUUCCUCUGCCCUGUUAUCACACUGAAUCAUGUCACUGACUAGCCUUUGGGACGGAAGAUCUGACUGCAGACCCACAGCUGUGAAGGAGUAAAGUACGUUUUAUCUCAGGGACUCAUUUAGUCUCACUGUCACAUUGACCACAUUGGGGGGCGGGGAAGGCCACAAGGUAUCAUGUUGGUAUGAACACAGCAAAGGAACUUUUGUUUAAAGAAAAAAAUCAUCAGCGCUGCAAAGACUUUCCAUGAUUCCACACCCACCCUGAAAGCCCCCUGAGCACAGGAAGUGAGGGAAAUAAAAGGGCGCCUGAGGAGUCUGGUCCACACUCUUCUUGCAUAGCUCAGCAAGACCUCAGCCAUGAGACUUCUCCUCCUGACUUUCCUGGGAGUCUGCUGCCUCACCACCUACACUGUGGAAGGUGUGGGGACUGAAGUCCUAGAGGAGACUUUCUGUGUGAGCUUGACAACCCAGCCACUGCCAGUUCAAAGAAUCAAGACCUAUACCAUCAGGGAGGGCAUACUGAAAGCAGUAAUUUUUGUCACCAAACGAGGAGUGAAAAUCUGUGCUGAUCCACACGCCAAAUGGGUGAAAGCAGCGAUCAAAACUGUGGACAGAAGGAUCCGUACCAAAAAGAACAUGACUGAAGCUCCCACACGAGUCCAGAGGUCCACCAGCCCAGCCAUGGCUCUGUCUGGGUAGCAGUCUCCAGGACAGCGUCUCCUCCACAGCCCGAGAGCUCAUCUCAGCUCCCAGGCUCACGGACUAACUGUGCUAUAUUUACCUUUUAUGAAAAUGUUACACGAAUAAAGUUGUUUUUAUUUUUUUAAAUGACAUUUAUUUUUAAUGUUAUAAGUAAUAAAUAUUUAUU